UGUAUAACGUUAAGAUACAUUUACAUUGUCGAUAAUUGGCGUUACUGAAUUAUUACACCAGUCUGCCUAACGUACAGUCAUUCGAUUAACGUUAGCUUAUGAAGUAAAACAAUAUGCAGAAUCCUCUGGGCCAGCUCAAGGACCUGGUGGAGCUGAAGGACCAGCUGGAGGACAUUCAGAGACGGGUGGAGGAUGAGAUACAGGCUGGGGUUCCUCCAGGAGGCAGUCUGCUUGCUUCUCCUUUCCUGAAGGGUUUUCUGGCCGGGUACAUCGUUGCUAGGCUACGCUCUUCGGCAUUGCUGGGUGUUGCUGUAGGAACGUGUACAGGAAUCUACGCAGCACAAAAUUAUGCUGUUCCCAACAUUGAAGAAACCAUCAAAGACUACAUAAGUAACCUGAAAGGAGGACGCAAAUGAGAAGUGAGGAGGAGAAGUAAGAAGACAAGAAAGGAGGGGGGAGGAUGAGAGACGUCUACAAGAAGAGGGUGCCAACUGCAGCUACAUAUGGGAAGAGAUGUAUUUAAAAAGUUAAAAACUUUUCAGGGGUUAUUAAUUUCAUCCUCCACAUGGAUGAGCAGGUAGGAAAAUUCUAAAGUGGCAAGCCAACUUAUAAACUAAGGCGAAACAGUGAUUCUUUUUGUAUUUCUUUUUUUGAAUUCAUCUGAAUCUUGUUCAUCUGAACCCUUGCUACAUGACUCUGGAGAAUGACUUACUGAAAUAUAUAUUGUAAUAGACUGAGCAUGUUAACAUGCAUGUGGAAAAGGACUACAAUUCACUUAAUUUAAACACACAAGAUCCCAGAUGUGGUCAGUGAGUAAAAAUUUAGACAAACUGCUACCGUUAAUAAAAUCCUUAUAGCUGCUAUAACUGAUUUCUGAUCCCAACCCCGUCCUGCCUGAAACUACAAUAUGUGCUUUCCAAAGAUUAUCUGUUACAUAAUGAGACCAACUAAUGUCUACAUUUGCACACCAGCUAUUCACAUCCUUACUAAAGGAGCUUCAGAGUAACUGCUUUAGAAGUUUUGCCCUUGUUUAUCGCAUCGGAGGUGCAGUAGGCAUUUGAGUUGGCAUUUUCUGUGGUGUCUUCUGCCCUCUAGUGGUUAAAAAAAUAUAGCAGCUGUAUCUAUUUUGCACUUCUACACUCAGGGGAUGAUGGAGGAUGUAAACAGUUUCUCAUCUCAUAUCACAUGGUGCUCUAUGUAAAGCCUGUCAAAACCCUUUGUGGUUGUUAGUUUUCACAUUGUUUGCAGGUGUCAGAGCAAAGUCUGUGGUGUCGUCUGAAGUACGGGCACGAUGCACCCCUCCAUUUGGUUAUUGGUCAGUUUUUCUCCUGUUAAUCAAUUUUAAUUUUAAUUUUAAUUUUAAAUUAUACUCCUCAUCUCUGCAGAGGUUCAUGAAAAAUCAUUCAAGUUAGACUUUUCAGAGACCUGUCAUUUUUACAAUUAUAAAAAUGACUCCUAAAAUGACACACUAAUCAAAAACGAGUGAAAGUAUUCCCAGAAAUGUAAUGUUCUCUCUAUAUUCAACCUCACACUGCUAAAAAUAAAAAUAUACUUCAGUCUGCAGGAGCAGUUAGUAGGCUGUUGGAUGAAAAUGUACACUAAAGUGAAAUUUUUGUGCAAACGUAGUUUUUCAUUGCACUUGGGAGUUUUAACAGUGUCUGUUAAAUUAUUUUUAUGUAAAAUAUAUAUUAAGAGUGCCUACUCUGGUCUGGACUUGAUAUUAUCAUCUCAUGCCAUGUGUGCAAUAGACUUUCCUGAUGGAAUUUGGCUGCCUAUUUCUUAUGCUGGAAACCAGUUGAGCUUUUGCACUUCUAUCAAUUUGAAGGAUUUAAAGCAUUUUCUUCGUCUUGUAGAAAUCAAUGACUUUGUUUUUCGUCUGAGAAAUAACAAAAGAAAAACAGUGUUAAAGUGACAUUUUUACUUAUUUAAAUGUGGUGUCUGUAUCGUGUUGAUGUGUAGUAUGUACUGCAAAGGUUUUUAUUUUCCUUUUGAGGAAGAGAAAUUUUGACUUUGAUUGAUAAACGUCAAUAUUAUGUCCAAAAACAAUGCUGUUGCUGCAGGACAAGAGUCUGGAAACCUUAAUGAACAGAAAAACAGCUGAACCAUAUCACAUUUAAUAAUAUAAAAGACAUGCAAUAGAGUUUAAACUUUUUUCUAAAUCAUCGCCUUUACAAUUAAUAGAAAGAUAACAAAACAAAACUGAAUUUUAUUAAACACAUACUUAAUAACAACAUAGAACAAUAUGUCAACAAUAACGAAUAUUGUUGAAAUUUGGAUUAAAUCAAUCAAUUUGAAAUAAUCACGAAAUUUGGCAACUUUGCUAAAAUCAGAGGUUGUACCUUUGUCCUCUUUUGUGUAAUGAAAUAAUUUUAUCUUCUCAGGUCUCCAGAGAGUUCUCUCCCAUGUGUUGCCCUUGUUGUCAACAUUAAGCCUGAGAUUGAUUCAGUAGGUUAAGUACUUUUAAUUAUCAACCAAUAACACCUGUUUAAGCGUGAUGGUUGAGCAGGCUCAACUACUUAUCAAUUCCCCUUAACCAGCACCAGAAAACAUUUUUUUUUUUUUUUUCCAACAUUUUAUUUUGUAACUUCAAGGAGGCCAUACCCAUUUUUGCAACAUGGCCUUUUAUCAUUUUGAUAAGAAAGUUAAGAAAAUCAUACUCUUGAUGUUUGUUGGAACAUCACAUUGUAUAGGAACCCAAAAUAUGUCUUACUUGUAAAGAGAGGUAGCUGAAUUUGUUAGGUUUCAGAGGGGAUGUACUCAUUUCUGCUGUACACUGUAGGUGGAUAACUUGAAAAUGUGUUUUUCUCCACCUAUGAUUUAAACCCAUUAACAAUGGUUGUACUCUUAUUAUUUUAAAUAAAGUUAUAUAUUUAAUAGUAAGGUUCUGUUCAAGUAAAACCAAAAAUCUGAAAAAAUACAGUUUUAUAUGUGUCAACAUGACAGUACACACUGAUUUGAGAAAAGAUAAUCUUAUUCAGCACACUAUUGAAUCAAUAAACAAUCAUCUAAAGAUAAAAAUGUAGUAAAAGAAAUGUAAAAAGAAAUGUACUGCACCAAGAUGGUUUUCACGUGACAAGAACACGAGUUUCUCCAGGUACUGUAUUGCCGCCAUUGGAUUUAACGCACAUCACUUAUGUACACAGUUAAACCUGUGACAGGUAUUAAGACAAAAAGCCAUAAAGGAGAAACACGUUUGAAUUCGGUUUGAGGUUCAGCCCACUUUCGUUUUUACUUUGACUGGAAAGUAUAUUAAAAAAAUAUGAGUACUGUGUGUUUGGUAACUGGAACCCAGAAACAACUUGUGCCUAUCAAUCAUUGUGUUGCUUUCCUCAUAUUACAUGCUCUUAGUUUUUUAAAUUCCUGUGUGUUAUUCAUUUUCAUGAUUUCUCUUGUUCUUUGAGUAAUACCUUUCUUUAAACGCAUAUAUGCAGUGUAGAGAACAUGACAGGUCAGUCGAUGGUGCUUUAUUUCACUGGCUAAUCUAACUGUCUUGUUGUCAUGAGUUUUCACUCGCGCACAUCAAUGCAGAAGUUUUUUAGAACUUCACAGUUUGAAAUUACAGUGUGACUUUGUGAAAGAAAACCACUGAAUCUGUCUUUAACAGGUUUAUUUGGGUAGUUCAAAUA